UCUUCUUUCUCUCUCUAGACUUUUUUGAGUUCAUAACAGCAGAUUUCUUUUAACAGUUCUUACUCAUUAUUUUUCAUUACCAAGAAAUUUUAUAAUAUAGUUUGCAUUAUACAUAUAAUAUGGCUAUUGAGAUUGAGCAAGCUAAUACUGUUGAGCUAUCAAAAAUUGCAGUUUCUAAAACUCAUGGGGAGGAUUCUCCAUAUUUUGCGGGCUGGAAAGCUUAUGAUGAGAAUCCUUACCAUGAAACUGAGAAUCCAUCGGGUGUUAUUCAGAUGGGGUUAGCUGAAAACCAAGUUUCGUUUGAUUUGUUGGAAGAUUACUUGGAAAAACAUUCUGAAGCUUUGAACUGGGGAAAAGGAACACUUAGCUUCAGAGAAAAUGCUUUGUUUCAGGAUUAUCAUGGACUUAAAUCUUUCAGACAGGCAAUGGCUAGUUUCAUGGAGCAAAUUAGAGGAGAAAAAGUGAAAUUUGAUCCUGAAAGAGUGGUUUUAACUGCCGGAGCAACCGCCGCUAAUGAGCUUUUGACAUUUAUUCUUGCUGAUCCUGGCGAUGCUUUGCUUGUUCCAACUCCAUACUAUCCAGGAUUUGAUAGAGAUAUAAGAUGGAGAACUGGAGUAAACAUCGUACCAAUUCACUGCGAAAGCUCGAACAAUUUCCAGGUUACACCUCAAGCCAUGGAAUCUGCAUAUAAAGAAGCAGAAGCCAAGAAUUUGAAAGUUAGAGGAGUACUCAUAACAAAUCCUUCAAACCCAUUAGGUGCCAUAAUCCAAAGAGAAGUUCUCGAAGAGAUUCUUGAUUUCGCGACGCGUAAAAACAUUCAUCUCGUCUCUGAUGAAAUCUACUCAGGUUCGGCCUUUUCAUCAUCUGAGUUCAUAAGCAUUGCAGAAAUUCUUGAAGCAAGAAAAUAUAAAGAUGCCGAACGAGUUCACAUUGUUUAUAGUCUCUCAAAAGAUCUCGGUCUGCCCGGUUUUCGAGUUGGAACAAUUUAUUCUUACAACGACAAAGUUGUUACUACAGCAAGAAGAAUGUCUAGUUUCACUUUGAUUUCUUCUCAGACACAACAUCUCUUAGCUUCCAUGUUGUCUGAUAAAGAAUUUACGAAGAAUUACAUUAAGAUAAACCGCGAAAGACUGCGAAAACGGUAUGAUUUGAUCAUUCAAGGACUGAAAAAAGCUGGGAUUGAGUGUUUGAAAGGAAAUGCUGGAUUGUUUUGCUGGAUGAAUUUGAGUCCGUUCUUGAAAACACAAACAAGAGAAAGUGAAUUGGAUCUUUGGAAAUCGAUUGUUCGUGAUGUUAAGCUGAAUAUUUCUCCAGGUUCUUCUUGCCAUUGCAAUGAACCGGGUUGGUUUAGAGUUUGUUUUGCAAAUAUGAGUGAGCAGACUCUAGAAGUUGCACUGAAGAGGAUCCAUGAUUUUAUGGAGCAAAGAAAAUUAGGAAGAAGCAAUUAAAUCUACUCCUCUAUCUUUUUCGGGUUUAAUUAUUUUGCGAUUACUGAACUAUAAAUCUUUUAUAGAACGGUUACUAUCGUUUUAUUCAUAAUAAAAACGAUAGUAAUUAAACGUUUUGUAAAAAGGUAUAUAGUUCAGUAACGGAAGAAAACUUAACCCGUGUUUCUCUCUCUACAGUGAUUUGGAGAAUUUAUUUUUUUAAUGGCUACUGUGCCAUUUUGAUGAUUCUUUAGAUGACAAGAACCGAAAAUAGGUUUUGUCUGAUCAUACUAUAUAUCAGAUUGAAUUGUGUAAGAUUAUAUUCUUGUUUUCUUGCUUUGCCAAGCAAGUUUCUCAUAAAUUCCAUUUGUCUCAGUAUUGUAAUAUGUUUUGCACAAUAUAAUAAAAUACUAUUAGUUUCAUUAUUUA